CGGCGGCGGGGCUCGGCUCCGGGCCUCCUCCUACCCCCGGCCCCCUCCUCCCGCGACCCAUACCUCCCGCCCACUUCCCACCACCGCCUCUGGCCGGCCGAAGGAGCAGGGCCGAGAGACAGGGAGAGCGAGAGGGAGGGAGGGGACCGUGCCUUGGCCGACUUUUUUUUUUUAAAGGAGGGUGGGGGUGGGGGGGGUGAUUGCCGGUCGUUUGUUGUGGCUGUUAAAUUUUAAACUGCCAUGCACUCGGCUUCCAGUAUGCUGGGAGCGGUGAAGAUGGAAGGGCACGAGCCGUCCGACUGGAGCAGCUACUACACCGAGCCCGAGGGCUACUCCUCGGUGAGCAACAUGAACGCCGGCCUGGGGAUGAACGGCAUGAACACGUACAUGAGCAUGUCGGCGGCCGCCAUGGGCAGCGGCUCGGGCAACAUGAGCGCCGGCUCCAUGAACAUGUCGUCGUACGUGGGCGCGGGCAUGAGCCCGUCCCUGGCGGGCAUGUCCCCCGGGGCGGGCGCCAUGGCCGGGAUGAGCGGCUCGGCCGGGGCGGCCGGCGUGGCGGGCAUGGGGCCGCACCUGAGCCCGAGCCUGAGCCCGCUAGGGGGGCAGGCGGCUGGGGCCAUGGGCGGCCUGGCGCCCUACGCGAACAUGAACUCCAUGAGCCCCAUGUACGGGCAGGCGGGCCUGAGCCGCGCGCGCGACCCCAAGACGUACCGGCGCAGCUACACGCACGCCAAGCCGCCCUACUCAUACAUCUCGCUCAUCACCAUGGCCAUCCAGCAGAGCCCCAACAAGAUGCUGACGCUGAGCGAGAUCUACCAGUGGAUCAUGGACCUCUUCCCCUUCUACCGGCAGAACCAGCAGCGCUGGCAGAACUCCAUCCGCCACUCGCUGUCCUUCAACGACUGCUUCCUCAAGGUGCCCCGCUCGCCCGACAAGCCCGGCAAGGGCUCCUUCUGGACCCUGCACCCCGACUCGGGCAACAUGUUCGAGAACGGCUGCUACCUGCGCCGCCAGAAGCGCUUCAAGUGCGAGAAGCAGCUGGCCCUGAAGGAGGCCGCGGGCGCCGCGGGCGGCGGCAAGAAGGCGGCCGCCGCCGCCGGGGCCCAGGCCUCGCAGGGUCCGCUUGGAGAGGCGGCCGCCGGGCCGGCUCCCGAGACUCCGGCGGGCACCGAGUCGCCCCACUCAAGCGCCUCCCCGUGCCAAGAGCACAAGCGAGGGGGCCUCGGGGAGCUGAAGGGGACGCCGGCCUCGGCGCUGAGCCCCCCGGAGCCGGCGCCCUCGCCCGGGCAGCAGCAGCAGCAGGCCGCGGCCCACCUGCUGGGCCCUCCGCAUCACCCGGGCCUGCCGCCCGAGGCCCACCUGAAGCCGGAGCACCACUACGCCUUCAACCACCCCUUCUCCAUCAACAACCUCAUGUCGUCAGAGCAGCAGCACCAUCACAGCCAUCACCACCACCAGCCCCACAAAAUGGACCUCAAGGCCUACGAACAGGUGAUGCACUACCCCGGCUACGGGUCCCCCAUGCCGGGAAGCCUGGCCAUGGGCCCGGUCACGAACAAAGCGGGCCUGGAUGCCUCGCCCCUGGCCUCAGACACCUCCUACUACCAGGGCGUGUACUCCCGGCCCAUUAUGAACUCCUCGUAAGAAGACAGCGGCGACCCGGAUAGCCCGGGACCCAGAUGGGAGAGACAGGAAGUGGGGUGGAGACUCUGAGGGAGGGCUGCUGGAAAGGUGCAAGGGAGAAGGACCCUUCACACCCUGCCCCGCCCCCCCCACAGAGGUCUCCCCUCACCCUCUGCAGCCCUUCCCUCCCUCGCGUGGGCCACACUGAUGUCUACCAUCCUAUAUAAAGAGGGGAAAAGAAAAAGCUAACCUGUUGAAAAAGAAGAAGAAAAGCCUCAGUUUCCACUACUGUGUAGACGCCUGCUUCUUUAAGAACCUGCCAAUUCUUGACUUUUUGUUGUUGUGGUUCCUCUUCAUUGCUGUUGUUGCAGGGAAGUCUUACUUUAUUAAAAAAGGAAAAGGAAAAAAACACAAACUUUUGUGAGUGACUCAGUGUAAAACUAUGUAGUUUUAACAGAAAACAGAGUUGUACUAUUGUUUUAAAAAGAGAGAGAGACAAAAAAAAUAAUGUAAGGGUCUGUUGUAAAUGCCCAAGAAAAGAAAAAAGCAUUCACAUUCUUGAUACGGUGAAAUCCAGGUCUCAAGUCUGAUUAAUUUAUGGUUUCUGCGUGCUUUAUUUAUGGCUUAUAAAUGUGUGUUCUGACUGCAAGGACCAGAGUUCCACAAAUCUAUAUUAAAGUGUUAUUGCCAGUUUUUUGCUUUGAA